UAUAUCGAAGCUUGUAUAUCAUCGCCAGCAAGUAGUAAAACGAGAAAAGUGUCAGUAGCAGUAAAAGAAAAACCAGUGCGACGUUGGAAAUCUGUAAAUUCCCAGUUUUGCAGUUCAUGCAAGGAAGGCGGAGAAUUAUUAUGCUGUGAUCGUUGCCCGGCAUCAUUUCAUUUAAUGUGUCAUGAACCUCCUAUUGAACGAAAUUCCAUACCAAGUGGAAAAUGGUUAUGUAAUCGUUGUGCACAUAUGGUGACAAAAGACAAUAAAGAAACUAGAAAAACAUUGAAAAUGGAUCUUGUUUCUUGCUCACCAGAUACAUCUCGAAAUCUUUCGACAAUCUCCAGUAUUGUAGAGCAGAAUUCAGAGAGUGGCUUAAAUGCAUUAGCAGUACUUGCAGAUGCUGCUUUGGCUGCAAAUGCCAAACAGUUCUCUUUACCACACUGCAUAUCAUCUUCAAUUCCAUCCUUACCUUUCGAUGAGCGACUAGCACUUGCACAUCCUUCACUACCAACAAAAUCACUUUGUCAUCUUUGUUCAUCGAGAAACGACGAUUCAACCAUGAUUCAAUGUGAUUUUUGUGUACUGUGCUAUCAUCUGGACUGCCUUACACCUCCUCUUCCAUCAGUGCCGAAAGAUAAAUGGAUGUGUCCUGCUCAUGUGGAACAUAUUUUGGACCGAAAAUUGUCGAGAACACUUUCCUUAAGUACAAGAUUACGUGUAUGGCGGAAAUAUGCUAGACAACCUGUUGACGAACAUUUGGUCAAAGUUUCAUUUCUUAAAAAAGCUUAUAUGGAGCGUGAUAUGUCCCCAGAAGCUGAACGAGAAAAUAAGCUAGUGAGCAAAGAUUUUUCCGUUCCGGAGUGCAUCAAAAAAUUAUAUCAAAAGCGAUGGAAGCAGUUGCAAAAAAGGGAAUUUCCAACUGAAAAGGAACAAAAUUUAUGGUUUGAAGGACUUGUAAGAAUGCAAAAAAUGCAAGCUAAACUUGAUUUAUCCGGAGGAAGCAAUUCUUAUUCACGCGAAAAGCAUGGUAAAAGUGUUUUUGAAAAAAUGAAUUUUGUGCGGGAAUCAGCGUCUAAAGAAACACCGAAAAUUGAAGUGAAACACCGAAUUGAAUCGCGGAAUGAUGUCAUAUCGCAGUGUUCUAGUUUGCAAGAUUUUGUGGAACCGUCAUUUCUCAGGCGCAUCCGUCAGAAAUCUUUAUCACUCAUGGAAAAUUCGGAUAAUCUCGAGUAUCGUAUCAUUGGUUCUCUUGCGUAUCAAAGACUAGAACAACUGAUUUCUAAUAUGGAGAGCUCUAAAAGUAUUCGAGAAGCAAAGUUUGAAAAGGAAAUUCUGCGCGACAACAUGCCUGUUUUAGCGGUACUAAAGGCUCCUAAUGUAGAUGCAUAUCCUGUUCAAAAAAUAAAUUCUUUAUUAGGUACUGAUUCUGUUUGUGAUUUCAAUCUCAGAAAAGCAGCACCACAAUGUCAAGCUAUUGCUAAGCGCCACGCUACCUUACUGUUUAACAAAGUUUCUCGACGAUUUGAAUUACUUCUGAAACAGGGUUAUCAAUUUCGUGUUGACGAAAUCACAUAUAGAAAUAUUCUUCAUUCUACAAAUAAUGUUGUUUGUGCAUGUCUAACCAGUGGCGAUAUAAACUACAAUCAUGAAGUCGCAUAUUUACAUCAUGGGAGUGUAAUUGAUAUUGGUUGUGUUAGAUUGAUUUUUGCAUCAUUUUUUUAG